CAGAUAUGUUUAACAUACUUAUUUACAGAGCAUUUAUAGACUCAAGCAAGUUGCUAUUUCCAGUCUUCCAUCUGUCACUUUUGCACAAAAGAUUGCAAGUAAACCGACUCGUUUUGUUUUACUUUUCUCAACACAUCGAAGCAAUGAGUUCAACAGACGCUACAAUAAAUUCAUCAUUUCUCGAGAAGCCAUCAUUCGUAUUCGACAUAAAGAAGAUGAAUGUGCGAGGAAAAAGUUUUAUUAAGCGAACCAGAAAGGGAAAUAUAGCUAAAGUUACAAAAGAGCACUAUUUAAGAGAUGAUAUUCCAUGUCUCUCUCCACUGUGUACGACUUGUCCACACAAGGAAGUAAAGUUAUUAAGCAACUCUGCAGAGUUUUACCUCAUACCAGAUACUAAUAUUGUUCUUCACCAGCUUGAUUUAUUGGAAAGUGAUGUGGUGACCGAUGUGAUAUUGUUACAGACUGUAUUACAAGAGACAAGGAACCGAAAUAUGUCCGUUUAUGAGAGGUUGAAAAAGCUGCUAAAUGACCAAAGUCGAUCUUUCGUCUCCUUCUCCAACGAGCACCAUAAGGAAACCUUCAUUGAGAGACAAAAAGACGAGACUUCCAAUGACUACAAUGACAGAUCUAUACGAGUCGCCGCAAGAUGGUAUACGACACAUUUGAACAGGAGGAAACGAGUUGUUUUGUUAACAAAUGAUAAGAAUAAUGCAAAAGGUGCAAGAGGAGAAGGAGUAGAAGCUCUAUCAGUCGAAGAGUUUGUGACUUUGUAUGAGAGCAGGCAUCCACAUAUUCGUGAAUUGGUUGCAGCGAAUACUGCAGAUUCGAGUGAAGAACAAGAAGAUGAUCGCAAACGCAAAUUUUUAUAUGAUGAAUACUGGAAUACCCAACAAAUACAAAAUGCUUUAAAUGCCAAUAGAGUUGUGGAAGGUGUAUUUCACGCCAAUUCUUAUAAUUGUAUGGAAGGAAAAGUACUCUACUCCGGAAAGAGUCAGCAACAAUCUGCGAAAACCAUUCUCGUUUCUGGUAUUAAGAAUAUCAAUCGAGCCAUUGAUGGAGAUGUUGUCUUUGUAGAACUUCUUCCAGAGGAAAUGUGGUGUACUCCGUCAACUGAAGUAAAGGAAGAUAUAGAAGAAGCCAUUGAAGAAGCGGAAACCUCAAAGCCACCAUCUACCGUUAUUCAAAACAUCAAUGUUCGCAAGGAAGUUACUGGAAGAGUUGUAGCUAUCAAGCGUCGCAAUUGGAGACCCUAUUGUGGUUCCUUACAAGCAAAAGGGUCGUCUCAUUUAACUUUGUUUAUUCCUGUAAUAAUUAGCAUUCUUCAUAUCUCAAUUAUUUGUGUUAAUAUUUUGCUCAAGGUGGAUAAACGCAUUCCGAAGAUAAGAAUCCAUUCAAGACGAGUUUCUGAUUUGACUGAUAAACGGAUUGUCGUUUCUAUUGACUCAUGGGAAAGAAAUUCCAUGUUUCCAUCUGGUCAUGUCAUUGAAGAAUUAGGAGUUGAGGGUGACAUAGAAACCGAAACCAAGGUUUUGUUGCAUGAGAAUUCGAUCAUUACUAGAGCUUUUCCGAAAGCAGUUUUGGAAUGUUUACCAGCCGAUGACUUGCAAUUUUCGCCAGAUAUGCUUAAGAACCGAAAAGAUUUACAAAGUUUAUGCAUAUUUAGUAUCGAUCCUCCAGGAUGUACUGAUAUUGAUGACGCCCUUAGUAUUCAACUGGAUGAGAAUCACAACUAUAUGGUUGGAGUUCAUAUAGCAGACGUGACCAGUUUUAUUUCUCGAGACACUGCAUUGGAUAAAGAAGCAGCAGAUCGUUCUACUACUGUCUAUUUGGCAGACAGAAGAAUUGAAAUGUUGCCUCCUCGACUUUCGUCUGAUCUUUGUAGCUUGAAAGAAAACGAAACUAGAUUGGCUUUCUCUGCAUUUAUAACAAUAGACCAUGAAGGAAAUGUUCUACAUUAUGACUUUGCACGUACCAUCAUUCGUUCUCGAAAAGCCUUUACCUAUGCUGAAGCCCAAGAUUAUCUCAAUCAAGCCAGAAAGAAGGAAACCAAAGAGUGUACAGAAAUAGAACUUUCUCUUUUGCGUCUAAUGGAUAUUGCACAGAAACUUCGAAAGCGACGUUUUGAAAAUGGUGCUCUUCGUUUAUCAUCUCCUGAAGUUCGGUUUGAAACCGAUCAAGAAGGAGACGAAAUCACAAAUGUCUCCGUUUAUGAGACUCAUGAAACCAAUGAAUUGGUGGAGGAAUAUAUGUUAUUGACCAAUGUUGUUGUUGCUCAACGUAUCUCAAAAUCAUUUCCUAGUUGUGCUCUACUCAGAAGACAUCCCAUUCCCAACAAGGAAAUGUUUGAACCUUUGUUGAAAAUUGCAGCUGCCUUGAGUGUAGAGAUAGAUGUGUCCUCGAACAAACAGCUUUCACGUUCUUUGGAGAAAAUUCAAGAAAAGUUCGACGAAGAGAACGACCCUUUCAAGGCAACGUUGUUUCGAAUCAGUACCACUCGAUGUAUGACUCAAGCUUUGUAUUUUUCUGCUGGAGAAGCAUCGCAAGAAGAAUAUUUUCAUUAUGGAUUGGCAUCAACUAUUUAUACACAUUUUACUUCACCUAUACGAAGAUAUGCAGAUAUCAUUGUGCAUCGAAUGCUUAGUGGUAGUAUUGGUUAUACUUCAUUUCCAGAUAGUCUGUUGAACUCAAAGGCUAUUCAGAAGAUUGCAGAUCACUUGAAUGAAAGACAUCGUGCUGCCCAAAAGGCGGCGAGAGACUCCGUUGCUUUGCAUACUUUGCGACUAUUCCGAGGUGAACAAAGGGAAGAAGAAGGAAGAGUGUUCCGUCUUCUUACCAACGGUAUUGUAGUUAUGUUGCCAAGAUAUGGAUUAGAAGGAUUGGUGCGCUUUGAAAAGAAUUCUUCCGCUACCUUAUUCGAUGAAGAUAAGCAGCUUUUAAUCACACCUAAAGGAACUAGACUAAAAAUAUUCGACAGAGUAAGAGUUUCCAUUCAAUUAGAUGCACAAGUCAAUCCGGCAGGUCAACUUGUGAUUCAUUUGAUAGAGUAAAAAUAUAUUUAAACAUUUCGAU